AUGUAUCUGACGAGCACGCUGUUUAUGACGUCAAAUGUCAGCGACUCGUCACCGACUGCUAAGCGACAAAAAGGUAUCCGCGUCAAAAAGGUCGGCAGUGUAAACUGAUUUACUCGGUUUUUGACCAAGACAUUUCCAAUACAGGUGAAAGCUUCGUAAGGAGAACGUGCUAGCAUGGCGGCUAGGUGGGACGAGCACCACGCUUAUGAGGAGCUUCUCCACUGGGACAACCUGAUCCAACAAGGCCACCGGCUUCACCCGCAUGAGUUUGAGAGAUAUGAGGAGCUGCGUUACUGGUAUGACUGUCGGUGCUACGAGGACGAGCUGAGACACUACCACCACUAUAUUGCUGAAAUAGAGCCAGCGAAUCAUCCACAGUAUCACAAGGCUGCUUUGCCUAGCCCGAUAUUCAUGGGGCCAAACGAUCACCGCAUGAUGGCCAAACAUGCCGAGAUUUACCCCUCUGCAGUGGAGCUAGAGGCGGUGCAGACAAUUGUCUCCCAUGUGGAAUGCGCACUAAAAAAUGUGCCCGAAGAAAUUGAUAAACAGAUUAUCAAAGGAAAUCAAGAGGCCAAAAGUGCACAAAAACGUGUCCUGCAUGGGAUCAUGAGGGUGGGUCUGCUGGCCAAAGGACUUCUGCUCAAAGGAGACAUGAACCUGGAACUGGUGCUCUUAUGUUUCAACAAGCCCACCAUCACUUUGCUUCAACAAGUGGCCGAAAGUCUGGGCAGCCAGUUAGAGACCGAUUCUGCCGGGUUGUACACAGUGGUCCCAUGUCCAAUGGAUGCAGCCAUCAUUGUAAAAAGCACCAAGGAGUCAGCUCUGACUCUCACCCUGCAUCUCACGUCACCCCAGGUCAGGGUGGAACCGCAGAGUGAGACGUCAGAUGCAAAAUCGCGAACAGACAACGAUCUGCCGGACGUUCUGGACAGACAGAAAUGCCUAACUUCCUUGGCGUCUCUCCGCCACGCCAAGUGGUUCCAGGCAAAAGUCAAUAACCUGAAAUCUGCUGUUAUUGUGAUCCGGGUCUUGAGGGAUUUGUGUAUUCGGGUUCCUACCUGGGCACCACUCAACGGAUGGCCUCUUGAGCUGCUGGCAGAGAAGGCCAUGAGUACAUCUGAGAGGCCAUUGGGCCCAGGCGAAGCUUUCCGCAGAGUUCUGGAGUGCAUUGCCUCUGGAAUCCUCUUGAAUGAUGGUCCUGGAAUUAAAGAUCCCUGUGAGAAGGAACCAUUGGAUGUCCUUGGGUGUCUCACCUUACAGCAGCGUGAAGACACUACACAGAGUGCCCAGUUGGCAUUGAGACUGUGUGCAUUUGGAAUGAUGUACAAAGUUUUGGGGAUCAAUGCAAGGCCUGGCAAGCCCUGGAAACCAAUGGGAGCACGUGCAAAAACUGGACUAGGCCUGGCAAAAACAGCUAAAGCCUCUCUGCCAGCCAAGAGAUCCUACACCGAAGUGGCGAAAGGAAAGGAGGACUCAUUAAAUAGCAAGCAGAGGAAGUUCCUCAAAUUUCAGAAGCGGUUUCCACGCAAAUCAUUGACUGAUGAUUUAAGCAUGAAUGCUGUAAUGCGUCUGAACCAGUACCGACCUGGCCUUGAGUACCGGCUCACCUCUCAGACUGGUCCAGUCCAUGAGCCGGUUUUCACCAUGUCUGUGGAUGUAAACGGGAAAACCCACGAGUCUACUGGGCCUUCAAAACGAGCAGCCAAGCUUAAUGUAGCCACCAAGGUCCUGCAAGAUCUCGGUCUUCCAACAGGCUCAGAAACCAAGGCUGAGCCCAAAGUUGAUGGCGGCCAGGAUGUAACUGCAAGUGCCGCCAAUGCAUCAGAAGACAGUGCUCAGGGUCCUAUCCUGACCAAGAAUGGGAAGAACCCCGUCAUGGAACUGAAUGAGAAAAGACGCAGUCUGAAGUACGAACUCUCUGCAGAGACGGGUGGCUCCCAUGAGAAGUGCUUUGUUAUGGAGGUGGAUGUUGAUGGACAGAAGUUCAAAGGAAGAGGUUCCAACAAGAAGGAAGCAAAGGCCUACGCCGCCCUAGCCGCUCUGGAGAAGCUGUUCCCAGACACCCCUGUCAUGUCCAAGAAAACGUCGAAAAAGCUGACUUACACCGACAUGCACAUCCCUGGUUUCGGUACUAUUCGAGGGAUUCCUUCAGAUUCCGCAUCACCCAGCUGGGGUUUUGGCAGAGGUCGAGGAAGGGGCCGAGGCAAACCCUUUGCUUCAGGACCUACUUACAACAAAACCAACUUCAGUUACGAGGGCAACUCCGGAAAAGGCUAUCAUAAAUUGUACAGCAACAAUGGAGCCGGGACCACAAAUCCCACCAAAGUCCCUGCUGCUGACACCAGUGCUGCUUAUGGCACCAUAGGAAGCAAUGCUGGCUAUGGCACGUUUUACCCCGAGACCAGCGUCACCACCUACUCUGCCCCGCCCGUCUCUAACACCAGUACCAACACCAGCACUACCACAGCGAGCAGCUACAAGUCAAUGCCGCCGCCCGCCGACCAACAGAGUCCUUACAGUUACGGUUACGGGGAUGAGAAGAAGAAGCUGCUCACUCAAGGCCAGACUGAGGUUUCGGCGCAGGGAACAGACUACUCCGUGUACAGCACCGCAUACCCCAACACAGUGGUGGGGAACCAAGCCUAUACUAAUUAUGGAUGGUCGAAUCAGACAACUUGGGGAAGUCAGCAGGGCUAUGGCUCAUACCAGACUUACGGAGAACAAAACCAGACCUCAUUCCCUGGAAACAGCGGCACAAAUUAGUAGUCAUCCCCUUGUACAUACGGUCUUUCCUGCCCCCAGUGUUCAACUUUGAUGACAGUCCUGGAAUUGGAAGAUCUGUUGUUUGUUGUCAUCAUUUUUGUUCAUUGCAUCUUUUAACCAAUUUUACUGGCUGCGUAGCUUCACCAUAAGUUUUGUUUUCAAGCUGUAGUUUAACUUUGCUUGGUGUGAUUAUGUCCCACUGUGGCUUCUCUAUUAUUAACUGUGACAAAAACUGUACUACACCUUAAUAAAUCACUUUCCUUUUGGAGCCAA